CAGCGUGGAGACUCGGUGGACAUGUGAGGACUGGAAAGUCAUUUGAGUGAUAUUGUAAAUGAGUUUAUUUUAUUUAAAAUCGUGUUUUAAAAUAACAACCAGACUGAAAAUGUCCCGUUUUCUGUCAUUUCUUCGGCUCCAUAUGACUAAUUAAUAACGCACGUACUACAAAUGAUUUUAUUCACGAAACAGGUUUCCUUUUAAGGCUAGUGUACACAUCAGUACAUUUUAACAUCACUGUAUAUAUCACGGGGAAUGCCGAAAGAGAAACUGAGAAAGUACUGGAUUUUUCUAAAGAUUUUUUUUGGAGGGGGUACUUGUUAGAUUUACCUCUGCGUCAAUGGUCACGUCUCAAAUGUUCAGGGGAAACGAUGAAGACAUUUUGUGCAUGCGGGAUCUGGAGAUGGGAUCGGCUGACGGCGAGGGGGAGCAAACUCCACCCAGCAGAUAGGAUCGCAGGCAGGCGGAGCGGAGGGCAGCUUGUGCCCAUAGGGCUCGGGCUGGUUGGUCGGGACGCUUGACAAGUCCCGCAAAAAACUUCUGAGGGGCAAAGUCCAACCUGAGCGUGAGGGAGACAGGGUGGAAGUUAAUGUGUGAGAGAGCGCGUGCCUGGAACUAAAUCGCAUGUUAUUUUAAAGAAAUGCUCAAAAGAUGGCGGUGGUAAUAGCGACGGGAGUUUCGGGUGCCUCCGGAGUGCAAAAAAGUGGAUUUGUGGAGGUUUUGGUGCGGGAGCAGUGGCACAAAGUUUUGGUCAACUUGAACGAGGAAGCGCUCACGUUAAGCUGCGAGGAGAGCAGCUUUAACGAUAGCGUGAACGACAAUGUCAACUCUAACGGCAUUACCAACGGAUCUUACCUUGAUAACAAUAACACCAACUCCAACAACGGCCCCCAAACUGUGCGCACCGCGUUCACAGACCUCCCGGAGCGAGUGCCCGAGGCGAUCGCCAACAGAAAGCGGUGCGUCAAGGUGACCAAGCAGGAGAUCGGGGGACUCGGGAUCAGCAUCAAAGGGGGGAAGGAGAAUAAAAUGCCCAUCCUCAUCAGUAAGAUAUUCAAGGGGCUCGCAGCGGACCAGACCCAGGCUCUGUACGUCGGGGACGCCAUCCUGUCCGUGAACGGCAUGAACCUGCGGGACGCGACCCACGACGAGGCUGUGCAGGCGCUGAAACGGGCCGGGAAAGAGGUGACUCUGGAAGUCAAGUACAUGCGUGAGGCCACGCCAUAUGUCAAGAAGUGCUCCCCUGUGUCAGAGAUUGGCUGGGAAACUCCCCCUCCUGAGUCCCCCCGCAUUGGCAGCCCUCCCAUCACCUCCUCCUCCUCCUCAUCUGACCCUCCGAGCCCCCCGACCCAGCCCUCCUUCUCUCUGCAGGGCGACAGAAGGUGCAUACCCCUCAAGAUGUGCUCUGUGACCCGAGCCAUGACCACACCAGACCCUGAGAACAGACAACUGGAGCUACAUUCCCCUGACGCCAGGCACACCGUGGUGCUGCGAUGCCCAGACCAACCAUCUGCCCUGUCCUGGUUCUCUGCCAUGCACUCUGUCACUUCCACACUGGCACAGCGGGCACUGGCAGAGGUCGUCCAGAGCACAGCCAGGACGGGGAUUGCUGGCAGCAAAGAGAUACGACACCUGGGGUGGCUGGCAGGGAAGACAGAGAGUGAGAAGCAGUGCUGGAGGCCGGUGCUGGUGGUAUUGACAGAGAAAGACCUGCUGCUUUACGACAGUCUGCCACGGGGCAAGGAGGCCUGGCAGAGCCCUUCACACACUUACCCACUUUUAGCGACACGUCUGGUCCACUCUGGUCCUGACCGGGGGUCACCUCACUCUGGCACUGAGCUGUUCUUUGCCACUCGGACUGGCACGCGACUUGGCAUCGAGACUCACCUGUUCCGGGCAGAGACCACCAAGGACCUGUCCCUGUGGACCAGACACAUAGUUAAUGGAUGUCACACCUCAGCUGAGAUGAUCAAAGAAGUCUCCACGAGUUGUCUGUACCGGGGUCAGGAGUGCCGGUUGGUGAUUCACUAUGAACAGGGCUUCUCUGUGUUAGCCGACCCCAAACUGCCAGAUGGGGAGAAUGGAGAGGAGAGAGGAGCUCACACUCCUACAAGGCCCAAAGUCCUCCUCUCCUAUCCCUACGAAAAACUAAAGAUGUCCUCGGAUGACGGAGUUCGCAUGCUGUUCCUCGACUUUGGAGGGAAGGAAGGGGAGAUUCAACUGGACCUCCACUCGUGUCCGAAGCCAAUCGUCUUCAUCCUCCACUCCUUCCUGUCAGCUAAGAUCUCCCGCCUAGGUCUGGUGGCCUGACAGCCUCUCUAAAGGGACAUUUCACCUCCUUUGAAAACAGAAAUCCACCUUGUUUCUCCACCUAUCUGCAGCCUGCAUGCAGUACACAAUUUCAGACUCCUUCAGUCGUGGGGAAGCAGCCUGAGUGAAUGUAGCUUCUUUUUGGAUAUUGACCUUUUUUUGGGUCUUCAACUCUAAAUUAAAGAAACACUGAAGAAACCAAUAAAGAUUGGUUUUGCUUUGAGCAAAAUGGACAGAUUGUGCUGGAGACAAACCCUCCCUUUAAGGGUUGCAUGGACUCAAGUGUUGACUAAAGAACCACAGAAGAAAACAUGGACUGGACUAGCUCUGGUUGGGGGGCGGGAGGGGGGGGUAUAUAUGCAUACAUACAUACAUACAUACAUAUACACACACACACACAGAGGGAUGCACCGAAAGGAGCAGAUUGGGCAUUACUGUCACGUCCAGGAUUGGAAGGACUGGACAUGUGCAGCAAGGGUUGAGAUGAAUUCACUUUUAAUUCAGUCAAAAUGUAAUGGCAAACUGCCUUCCAUUUACCAUUUACCAUUUAUAUUAUUUAUUCACCAUUAGCUCUGAAAGGACAUUUUGAAUUUCACUUGUAAUUUUUCUUCCACAAACACUUGGCACACUGUGGAAAAAACAUUUGUCAUGCAUUUGUCUUUGUUAGAGUCCCCUGAGAUGUCUUGUUAGCUGUGUCAGUAUUCAUCAUUGAAAGUGGGAGCCACAGAUUCCCACAAUGUGACAGCUGACUCACAUUCAAAUCGUCUCUGUAUUCUUUUAACGCGUUGCAUACAGUGACCAUCUGGUGGCAUUUCAGUGUUAGACUGAUUUAACAGUGAUCUAAUAUCAGCUUUAAUCAACUUCAAUAUAAACAUACAUUGGUUUCAUUUACAUGAACUAUAAUUUUACUCAAAUGUUCUGUUUUUCUUUUGUCGGUGUUUAAAUUCGGUGUCCCAUUUAUCACCCAAAAACAGGAAAAAUGCUCAUAUCCAACUUUGGAAAAAAACUGAGAAUAAUUGUCUGCUAUGGCAAUUUUGUCUAAAACACUGGGGAACCAGCUGGCAUUUACUGUUGUUUCUAUACAUGCAAUUUCCACAGUAAGACUAAUAGUACAUAUACAUGGAAGUUUAUGAUAAGGAUAUAAAGAUGGCAAACAACCCUGCUGUUGAUCUCCUCAUAUAAAUCUGAGCAAGAAAACAAGUAAGUGGUUGAACUAUUCCUCUAAGGGUCUCCAGUCCGAUCAGACACGAUGAUACUGUUCACUCCUUCUGCUAUUUCAGAGUGGACUCUUUAUCAUUGUUAGCUUCAUUUACCAGCUGAAAUCAUUUCAGUGUAUGUAAGAGUUGAUCAUGUUUGCCCAGUUAAUUGACAAACUACAAUCAUGCUCUGCCCCAUGAAGCAAAUAUCUGCCAUGAGUAAUUCUAGUAAUUUGUAAUAUUCAUAUUGAAAACUGAGACUCAAUCAAAUGGUUCCACAAUCACUUAGUCAAGUAUUAUUUAUUUGUUAUUACAUCGAGGUAGCCAUCACAGGAGUCUUCAAUCCUGCUUUAGUCCGGCAGCAGCCAGUGUGGGUCAUUAUUCUUCUGGAUGUUAUGCAGCAGACCAAAUCUGUACACUGCACCGUCGGACAUGGCCUGCUGCCAGGGCUUUCCUUGUGCCUUCAGAUGACUGAGAAGGAAAUGAGCGUUUUAAUUUGGAAAGAAAUUUAUCACAGAUGUGUGACUUCUAUGAUGGCUACAUUAGUUUUGGCUCAACCAGCAGAAAUAACAUUACAUAUAUUUCCAGUGAGCAUUUGCAAACACACUGUGAACAAUGAUUAACACGUUGUAAUCCUGCCGCACUGUAGAAGAAACGUCAUGUGUUUUGUUGAUACUAAAAGAUAGUGGAGGCAUUGUAACGCACGAAGAAUCCAGCACGUACUGAUCACCUCAAGUGGAGAGAAGCUCUUUUGAGUAAAGGCUGCACUGAUAUGUAGAAUACUCUGAUGCCUUUGGCAGCUACUGUACUGUCACUCAGAAUGAUGAAGCUUAGUUUUUAACGGUGCACAUAAAUCAUGUAUUUAACAAAA